UUCGUGAAGAUAAGCGACCCCCACUGAGAAACGUUGGUGUUGGUGUAACAGUUGAGGGUCAACCAGGGGGUCGUUGUCGGUGUUGCUAAAGCUAACUGACGGUCUCUGUGUGUGUUUUUAAUAACCGUAGCUACCGGCUAAGGAGGAGCCUCAGCUAAGCAAAGCAAAGCUAUUAACAAAACCUCUGCCCCGUUAAAGCUUUCUGGUGUUCGUCGUGUGGGUUCAUCGACGAUGCUCUAACUAAUCACUAAUUUAUAUCUCAAGAGUUGGCAGUUGUACUGGCAUGGCAUCUGUUUACUGAACUGCUCCAUCUUGUCUGCUAGCACCAAACAUUGGUGUGCAACUUCCCAGUGAAUGAGACUGACCCACCGUCACCAUGGAAACAGAAACAGAAGUUAUUCCUAUCUGGCAGAAUAAGCCUCAUGGAUCCACCCGCAGUGUCGUGAGAAGAAUAGGUUCCACUCUUCCGCUCAAACCUCCACAAAGGGCAUGUUUCCAGGAACUACCCGGCCUGCCCGCUCUUCGGCCUAUGGACGGCCCUAUUGUUCCUACCUUGGCAGACAUAGCAUGGAUUGUUGCAGAUGAAGAAGAGACAUAUGCCAGGGUGCGGAGCGACAGUCGCCCUCUGAAACACGAAUGGCGGCCCACGCCUCUCCUGGUGCUCCACAGAAACUCAUCUGUGCCCAACUUCCGCCGUGAGGGUAAAAGGAUGGAGGGGCUCAGGAAGCCCGGGUUGACGGCGCUGAACCGCACUACCGCCCUGCAGGACGAGCUCAGCAGACUUCGUGCACAGAUCGCCAAGAUUGUGGCAAGUGAUUCUGGCUCCAACCCCCUGACCCCUGACCUCCUCUCCCCUGACGACACAAGUAUGAGCUUCUCCAUGGCGCCUUUCGAGACGGCGCCCUACCAGCCGGCCGCCACAGCUGCCGCUUCCUUUGUCAUCAGCGACGUCACGGAGGAAGAAGAAGAAGAGGAGGAGGAGGAGGAGGAGGAAGAGGACGAUGAGAAAGAUGUGGUCUCAGUGCUGUCAGAGCUUGUCCCUGACCCUCUGCCGCCUGUUUCCAUGACGGCAUCUGCGACCUUUGACCUGGACAGACCCAGCAUGGACUUCCGCGAGGCAGAGGAGGAUACGGUGUCGUUAUCAAAGUCCACCAGCUUUGCUGACGUCAUGGACAUCCUGAAGGACAUGAACCGCAUGAAGAUGAGCAAAGACAGGUACAACAGAGGCUGUACGUCCCUCAGAGAGGAGGACUCAGCCUCUCUGAUUUCAGAAGCUCUGAGGAAAAAGUUUGUCCUGAAGGAAGAAGACACUGCUGCUAUGAAACGGAAAUAGCCUCGUCACGUGUUUAUCAUCAGUACCCAAUCCUGCUGCUCCAUGUAAGUCAGGACAGGGUAGUAGAAAGUAGUUUUUUUUUUUAUAUUUUGUAUAAUGAACCUUUUGAAGGCAUGUGGGUGGUUAUCAUUGGUAAUGUAUUCAGUGGCAGAUUAUUUUAGGUCACUUGUGGAUUCUUAGUUGUUGUUGUUUUUUCUCUCCCUCAUUAUUUUUAGGCCUUUGCCUGUGGAAUAUGUACCCAUGGAUCCACAACCUUGCUCCUCAGACCCGAGGCAAUAGCUGUCUGCCAGAGUUAGAACAAAAAAACACUUUGUCCCAGACAUCUAAAACCAAAUGUGAACUUCACAGCGCUGGUGCAGUGCGAGGAGGAACAGCCAAGUAUCCAUAACUAUAAUCAGUUUCAGCACUGCAUCGCAUCCUGCAAACAGUUUAUUUAGUCUAAAAUGGCUUUUAUGUUUAAAUUUAUUUUGAAUGAGGACUCAGCAGACUGGUUCCAUUGCUGUUCAGAAAGUUGAUCUCUGUUCAGGAUGUUUUAGAUGCAUGUUUUGAUUAUGUUAUAGCACAUUGUGCAGCGACUGACACCCAAACAAUACGUUUUUUUUUUUUUUUACUUAAAUUGAGGAAUGUCCCUUUAAAAAAAAAAAAAAGCCUUUUAUCCAUCCUGCUAGCAAGUCCUUCUGCUUUUGAAGUUUCCACAGAAGAGAUGCAAAUACACAUUUUAUUUUUGAUUUGUUUUUGCAGUUAUGUAAAGAAGUCUUCUAACAUACUUGAAAAUAUUUUAUGUACAAAUGAAACAGAUCUAGUGUACAUGCAGAGACGUACUGUAGCUUAUUACAGUGUGGACGGGGACAAAUAACGUUGCUGUUUAAUAUUUGCAUUACAGUACUGAGUUUGUAUGUUGCUUGCUCCACUGCACCUCUUAUGCCUCUCCUCCUGUUUGUGAUUAACAUAUAGAUUGGUAGUCACUGAACCAAAGGACGCUGAAAUUAAAACCCGAACUGAAAGGAGCAAGAGUAUGCUGAUGAUAUAGUUUGAAGUUUGAGGUGUAUAAAUCAAAAGAAUACUUUAUGAAGUGUGUGAGUUUGUAUUUCCAGUAAAAGCAACAGAUACAAUCCUGUAGAGAUCUUUUUUUGACACACAUUUCCUGGUAUGUAGAAUGUGCUGAUGGGUAGCUGAAACCACAUUUAUGAUGUUUCUUAACGACAUUAAAGAGGCAAUUUAAGUUUGGGCUGGGAUAACUGAGCUUUGUGAAGAGUUUGGGUAAAAUGCUUGCGUGAGUCAUGUUGAUAACAAUCAAUAUUCUUGUUGAUGCCUUACCACAGAUGUUUUUGCCUGUUUCCAAUGCCUGAUUUUUAUUCUCACACUGGUUCAAGUGCCAUGGGUUUAUUUUAACCAACCCCACCCCUCAUUGCCUGCCCUUUUCCCGAAUGUGCCCUCCAUCCUCAUCUUUACAAAGCUUCCCAUGUUUUAAUCUCACAAAACUUACAUACAUACACACAUAUAUAUAUAUAUAUAUAUAUACGUGUGUGUUUGUGUGUGUGUGUGUGUGUGUGUGUGUAUAUAUAGUGAUCGGUGAUGUUAAGGACCAGUUGUGUGUGUGUGUGUGUGUGUGUGCACUGCACUGCACUGCACUGCACUGCACUGCAUUGUGUAUUGCUGGAUGUUUGUUAAAAAUAACCCCUCAAAAGAGAAGACUUGCUGUUAUGUCCCCACACGUCACUCCCACUCAUUUUUUUAAUUAUCUCUCACAUUUAAGCCUGCGGGACUGGGAAUCCUUUAGUGUAGUUUUGCAGUGUGCAAAGUUGAUGCUAAGUUAUCUGUUUGGAUUGAACAAGAAUGUGCUCAUCUGUGUGUCGCUGUAUGCAGUGGAGUUAAAAAGUGUGUUUUCUAGAAUUGGCCAUCACCUUGUCUUUCGGUGAUUUUUCUCAAUUUUUUGGUCAAUCGAAUACGAAUUGAUUAGCUGAGAAAACGACUAUAUGCAAAUUUAAAUAUAUAUAUACGUAUUCACUGUAUGUCUGUACUUGAGAUGUUGAACCUUAUAAAGCAUAUUCUGCCAACUGCAUCACCAGUCCUGACAAUAAGUUGAGAGGAGAAUUUAGUUGAUGAGGAUUUUCCAGACUUCGUUUUGUUUUUCUUUAGUUUGAGGGUUUCUCACCAUUGUACCCUUUGUGUAGGAUUGAGCCCACCACCACCACCAAACCAUUUGUGUGUUUGUUUUUUGUUAUGUGAGGACUUGUAAAUAAAGAUUGGCUGAUGUUUUGAAA